AUGAUUUAUGGCCAGGUAUGGAGGCUAUUAAUUGCAGGUUUGCAGGUAAUCGAUAGAGGUGGCAGGCGAGCGUGGAUCACGAGGCGCGGUCCGAGCGCUGGCCGCGCCGGUGUGCGUGACGGAUCAUGGCGGCGCGGGGGGCGCGCGCCCCGCCGCCACAGUUAAACGCGCCCGCCGGAUACGCGCCGCGCCGCGGUUGAAAGCUAUCCGGCCCCCCGGGCUGGCAGACGCCCAAUCGCGGCCCACGACCGGCCCGCCCCUGGCAGGCGAGUCUCGGGUCGCUCGGCCGCGGCGCGCACACUCGCUCCGAUGCGCGGCUCGUGGGACGAGGCCGCGACGGCGGCGCUGCACGCGCGCAUCCUGGAGGCGCACCGCGGGCCCGCCGCGCCCGAGCGCGCUGCUGAGCCCGCCGCUUGUGCUGAGCCGGCUCCUCAGCAGCUCAGCGUAGAACUGGCGGCACCUACUCCUCUACUGCCACUACCCACGCUUUCCUUCAGCGCCGCACAAGUUGCUACCGUGUGCGAGACGCUCGAGGAGAGUGGCGACGUGGAGCGGCUGGCAAGAUUCCUCUGGUCUCUGCCGGUGGCUCACCCCAAUGUUGCCGAACUGGAGCGCUGUGAAGCAGUGCUUCGAGCGCGAGCUGUAGUUGCCUUCCAUGCCGGGAGACACCGUGAACUUUACUCAAUUCUGGAGCGACAUCGGUUUCAACGUUCAAGUCACGCAAAGCUGCAGGCUUUAUGGCUUGAGGCUCAUUACCAAGAAGCAGAGAGGCUACGUGGACGACCACUUGGACCCGUGGACAAAUAUCGUGUGCGGAAGAAGUUCCCACUGCCCCGCACUAUCUGGGACGGAGAACAGAAGACACACUGCUUCAAGGAGCGCACGCGUUCACUUCUUCGAGAGUGGUAUCUACAGGACCCUUACCCAAAUCCAACCAAGAAGCGUGAACUUGCAGCUGCCACGGGUCUGACGCCAACACAAGUGGGGAACUGGUUCAAAAACCGGAGACAACGAGACCGAGCCGCUGCCGCUAAGAACCGCUCGGCGCUGCUCGGCCAGGGCUUCGCCUCCUCCUCCACGUACGACGAGGACUCGGUGGACUCGGAGAUCAACGUGGACGAGGAAUGAAGUUACAGACUAUAGUGUUAAACAGCGACGCCGCCGGCGUGGACGCUCAGUGACUGACGAUGCAAUAUAGACUACAGUUAUGUAUGUUAGUUAGCGCGCAGAGUCCGUGAUGCAUGUGAUGUUAAGGCAUUGUAAACCAGUUAUUAGGGCGUAUUUGUAUCGUAACAAGUGUAAGCGAGUGCUCGAAGUAUCACCAUCGGCGUAUCUCAGGUAUGUACCGGCCCCGGCCCGCCUCGACUGCACUGAUAACUUGCUCGUUGUUAAGGUUUGACAGGGUUCAUUUUACGUAUAAUUUCGUGUUUAAACUCCUACUCAGAACGUUAGCUAAUUUAUUUGAUACCUUCGCGCGGCUGCGGUAGAUAUGGAUGCGUUUCCGUGAGAAGCAUUUACUUACGUAAAUAUUUAUACAUCCUAACUAUUUUACCAGUAAAUAUAGAUUUUAUUUAUCAUAUCAGCUUUUAGUUGUAUGUUAUAGUUAUUAUUAAAAAUGUAGAUAAUUACGUUCGUGGCGUAGAUGUAAAGUAUCGCUAUUAUGAAGGUUUGUACCUGAGCACGAUCACUCCGCGACACCCGUUGUUUAGUGAUAUUAUCUCAUAUUAAUUGUAAUUACAUAUAUCUAUGAUAAAUUAUUUAUUUCUACGAAGACGGCAAUUAUUUGUUCAUCAAAUGAUAAGAAUAGAAUGCUGUGAGAGAGUUUCUUUAUCGCUUAAAAGUGAAUAUUUAUUUUUUUAAAUAUAGGCCUAACAACUGAGCUGCAAUACCUAAUGCAUUUGUCUUCGCAAAUUUUAAUCAGAGACUUAGUACAAAAAUAAUUUCCUAAAAUAAAAAAUGCAAGUAUCAAAACGUUUUGUCUUGUAUUUAAUGAAUUUUAAAAUUAUCAGUAUUUUUUUUUAAAUAUUGCUACUUUAAUUUGCGUCCGGUAAGCAAUAAAAAUAUGCUUUGUUUUGAAGAUCUUAAAUAUAGGCUAUGAAAAUUAUCUAAAAAGAUGAUUCGUAUUUUGUAUUGGAACAAUAGGUAUACCUCCAAAAUUAUAUACAUCUAAUUAUGACGUAUUUUCUUGCCCAACAGAAAUCGUUUUGCAAGUAGAAUCUAGAUGCAAAUUCCUACAAUACUUUUUGUUUUACAAUUAUAAGGAUUUUAUCUUUAGAAAUUUUAAUUUUUUCUGUUCAAGUUCAUCUAUAUUAUUGUAAUUAGCUUCUGCCAGCGGCUUCGCUCGCAUUCUCGUGGUAUAAAAACUGGCCUAUGUGUUAUUCCAGACCAUAAUCUACCCUGUUCUAAAUUUCAUCUUAAUACCUUCAUCAUCUGCAUCCCUUUUGACGCGAAGGAGAAAGAAACAAAUAAACACACAACCUUUCGCAUAUUUGUAAGAUAAGAAAUAAGAUUUUUAAAAGUAGGUAUGUUCUCAGUAUUUUAGACUAUCCAUUUACUUGACUGUCUGAGACAUUUAAACCAAUGAAAAUGUCAAAAUUUUAAAGGUAACAAAUCCCAUUCUUUCUCGUCAUCAUCCCCAUUAUCGAAGCCCGUGUUUCCUUAAUUGCAGAACCUUCUUGAAAAUGUUUCCUCGCCAAUUCUACCGAAAAUAACUUGCCGUGAAUGGCUUUUCUUGUUAAAUAAUACAAAAAGGAUUCUUACAAAUAAAUUAUGGAUUCAUUAGGACGUCAAUAAAACUUAUUCUCGUUUUCCGAUGAAAUUUUGAGGAACUAAAAAGGGUUGUAGUUGUAGAGGCUCGUAAAUAUUUAGUACCUACCAUUCAACAUUUCAUAUUUAUCGAUUCCAAUUACAUUUGUCCACAUUCGAAUAGAUGAAUACGCUACAUAAAUGUGAAUAUCCUUUUGUUUUAGCCAUUUCGAAUAAUCAAGUAUCGAUUCAACCUGUCGUGUUGUGCUGGGCUUGUCCUUAAUCCAUCAUUUGUUGCAUUCAGAUGUCAGGCCGCGUUAUAAUAUCGGCGAUAAAUCUUAUAACGUCUGAUUGAAAUGGAACGCAACGGUUACUUAUAUUCUGUGGCUUUACCGCUCUUAUUUUGACGUUUCCGUACUUUUUUAAAUGCCAGUUUUGGCACAGAUAAUUGAAGUGGGAUGACAUUUUUUGAGUUGUUGCUAGUAAACGAAUCAUUUUGAUGCUUGAAUAUUUACACGAUGUAAAAAAUAAUAAUAACAUACCUAGGUAGGGUGAUAUUAAUUAAUUGUCAGUAACAAUAUUGGAAACUAUUUGAAAGCUACCGUUAUUGUCAUCUUAUUAUAAAAUCAUUCUGUUCUCAAUUUAUCAAAAGGAUAUUUUAUACGAAGCACUACAAUUCCACCAAUUUUGAAUUUUAUCUAGGCACUUAACAUUUAACUUAUUUCUUUAAAGUUAUGUAACAAAUGGACAUACUCAAUCACAUUUCUCUUCCAAAGUCAAAAGUCAACAACUAAUUUCUAAUUUAGAAAGCAAACAUCUAAAUGACCUAACAAGUAUUCUAGGAAAGGUUGGAGUGUGUGGCGAAAAAAAAUCACGCCACAUUAAUUGCACUUAGGCAUUGUUGAGCUGUCAUAGUGUCAAUCAAACCUUUGUUCUACAUCGUAUCUAUGGUAAACGGGCGAACGAGUGAAACACCCACGUUGAAUUCAAAUCGAACACGUUUAUAACGGUUACAUUUUGAAUUUGGAAUAUCAUUUCUUUUUUUUUAACAAAGGAUUUUAAUUUUUGGCUAUUAUGCCUUGUUUGCACUACGCUAGUAUUUUAGUCAAGUAGCGAAUAUUUAGUAGUUCUCACUCGCUUCCAUUUUGGAACAGAAGCGAGAGAGAACUACUGUACUGUAAGAUACUUCGCUACUGGAUUAAAAUACUAGCGUAAUGCAAACAAGGCAAUAAUGGUUUUGUCGAGUGUUGAGAAUGGUAAUGAAGGAUUUUAUGUCCGCUUUAUGUAAAAUAUGAUCGAGAUUUUUGGUUGUUGAAAUUCUCAGUAUUUGCACGGAACCUGGAUUGUGUCCGGUGAUUGGUAUAGGCCUUUUGUUAUGUAGGUAGGUACUUGUAUCUAUUCAUGUAAGACUUAGGGAUCUGACUAUGGGGAAAUAUCACUUCCUACUUUUAUUAUAGGUAUAACAUAUUAAAGACUGGUUGACACAUUAACUGAAUGAAGUAAAGAACUGUUUGGAACGUUAAAUGAAUUCGAAAUAAAAAAAAAUGUCAUCCGUUCCUUUUUCGAACUUGGCUGCACUUUUAUUGUAUUGUGUAAAUAUUUCUUGGUGCUAAUUUUAAUUGCAAGCAGGUCAUUUCGUAUCGUUAAUUUGUUUCGAGUUUCCAACUAUUUGCGAGUUCUCAGUACAAAUGCAUUAUUUAUUGUAUCUUUGUAUUAAAAUGCGAUUGUUUUUAGUUCAAUACUUAUGAAAAUAGAGGCUUUUAUACAAUUUUUAUUACAUUGUAGUAGUUACCUAAUUAUUAAGUCUGAUUUGUAAUAUUAUGUGGUACAGAAUAAUUUUGGAAAACAGAUUAAAUACGUAAUUAAUAUAGGUGUCAUGCUAAUUGCAAAAUAAAAUGUACGUAAAAAUAAACACAGAAGAGUAUUUAUUCUGAAUAUUUUACAAGAAACUCUGUUACAGCACUUCUAUUCAAAUCAAAAUUAUUCAAACGAAAAUUAUAAAGUAUUUAGUUAUUAUAAUUGUACUGGCAACAUUUUACCGUUGUUCUUUUUUUGUAAAUUUCCCGCGCAAGCGUCAUGAGACGCGCUAGGCUAGUUAGUAGUAGACUCGAUGAGAGAACUUUGUAAAAAUGUAUUAUAAAUAUUAAUAAACAAAAAAUGCAAAUUGUAAAUAUGAUAUCGACUUACAUUACAGUCAUUAAAUUAAAAUUGUUAAUAAAAUUAUAUUCGUAAACAAUU